AUGACUUCUCCCCUGCCCCCUCUCCGCCGCAUUGUCACAGGCCAUAACGAUGCAGGCCCGGCGACUGUCAAGUAUGACGACAAAGCCACUGCCAAAAUCGUGCCCCACGACGCUGCUUUGAGGAGCUUGUGGAUCACUGACUCCUCUCCUGCCGAUCUCUCAUCUCCAGGCGACAAUGCCGAUGCCGAGGUUGGAAUCAUCAACAAUGGUUCUAUCUUUCGAAUUGUGGAUUUCCCACCCAGGAGCUCUGGACAUAUGCACCGCACGAUUUCUAUAGACUACGUCAUCGUCCAGAAAGGCGCAGUCGUUCUUGCCCUCGACGAUGGAAGCAAAACACUGGUGGGCGGGGGAGACGUCGUUGUGCAGCAAGGAACUAUGCAUGGAUGGGAUAAUCCUACCGAUGAAUGGGCUCGCUUACUGGUGAUUUUGCUGCCGGCAAAAGCGCCCGUGGUUGCUGGAAAGGCACUGCAGAGAGAUGUUUCGUCCCUGGGCGUGUAG